AUGAUCCUCAAUGAAGAAAGAAAAUCUGAGGAUAGCGCCUAUUGGCUUGCAGAGUUGAGGCAGUAUGAAGAAAAAAUUGCAAGGCUCACAGAAGCACUCGAGAGACGGAAUGAGGAAUUUGUUGCCGCAGAGGGAUCUCUUAUUAAGCUUAUCGACGAAAAUCUAAGUGGUGGUUCCCACUUUGCAACAUUGGUAGACUCAAGUAGAGCAACUAAUGAAAGAGAGCACAUUGACACUCUUUGCCAUCUACAAGAUGAAAUUAAAUUGAAUCGUCAAGGUCUUCAAGAAGCACAGAAGCACGAGCAGCUAACAGGAACAGUGUUAGCCCGCAUUACAUCAUUUAUUUCAGAGAAUGAUGAGGGAUGGGGACCUUAUCUAAGUCAUUUAAGAAUGGCUGUUGAGUGUUUUCAAAACAUCUGGAUUGAGAGUGAAAAACACAAUAAAAAGCUUAAAGAACGACUGAAAAUGAUUGUUGAUGAAAAGGAUAUUAACGACUCACUCUCUGGUUCCAGGAGGGAUCAACUCCAGUUCUCAUACAUAGAAAAAAAAAUGGCACCAUUGUUUGUAGAGGUAAAUAGAAAGACAAGAUAUCUUCUAGAGUGUAUUGCAGUGAUAACUGUAUCGCUUAAAAGAAAAAGAGAACUUUGUCUUAUGAAUCGUGAACACUUAGAAAAGGCGCAUGAAACAGCAAAUUUGCAACUUAAAAAGUACAGAAAUGUUUUAAAAGAUGUCGGACGCGCUCUUGACUCGGUUGAACAAGCAUUAUAUACUAUUCGCAUGACGAAUAACAAUAAAGAGAACUCAAGAGAUGAACUGCAGAAAGAACUUUUGAUUCUGGAGACCACUCCAAAUGCUAUGGAGUACGUAACAGCAAUUGUGGAGGCAGCAGUGAGGGAAAAAACAGAACUCAUGGUGUUAAACCAAGCUUUAGAGGAAGCAAGAAGGAUAUCGCAAAAGGUAUUAAGUAUGGAGAAAGAGGUCCUUGAAUCUGCAAAAACUCAAACGAUUGCCCUUGAAGGUACACAACAUACUCUUAGUAAACUUCAGGAAUCCCUUCUUAUUUUGGAAAAAGAAAAGAUAGAGCUCCAAGAGCGGAUAGAAGCCAAUCAUGAUAUGAAACAGAAGCACAGUCGUGAAGUGGAAGGUCAAAAAAAAAUAAUGAAGGAAAUUCAAAAAGAAUAUGAGGAAAUUGAAGAAAGUAAAAGAAUGUUUGAAACAGAAGCAAAACCUUUCUAUAUAUCGUUAAAUGAGACAAAAAAGCAGAUAGAGAUUCUUAGAUCUCAACUUGAGUCUAAGACAAGCAGAAAAGCAAUGCUUUACGAUGAAAAAAAAAUGGUUGAAGAUAAUAUAAAGCAAUUGAAAUCUGACUGCGAACGUUCCCGUACCGAUAUUAUUGAAAUGCACAGAGGUAUACUAACGCUAAAGCAGCAAAAAGAAGAAGCCUCAAGAUAUCUGAAGUAUGUUACUUCUCUUGUGUCAGAUUCGGUGGUCUCAGUACCUUCUAUGCCUUUUACCCAUCAACAGGAGAUGUCAAAAAACCACGGAGAGGAGAGUCUCCGUGAGUUGAUAAUUGUGAAGAAUAGGACUCUAGUAGAAAAGGCUCGAAGAGAACAACGGCAGUCUCUUACUGUAAGAGGGCCCUCCAUAAGCAGUAGAAUAGUUCCCAAUAAAUCAUACGAUGGUUUUGUCACUGACAAAUAUGACGUAAAGUAUCCAUUAUCUUCUUCUAUGACACAACAGCCACCACAUGCCACAAACUCUUUGACUCCUGUAGUUGUUAAUUCUGUAUCCGCGCAUUAUUCCUCAGAUGUUGUAGCAGGGGAAUCACGUGAAGCAUCGGUCUUCCUUACUAAAGAAGAGCAUCCUUCCAGUACAACUAGUCGAAUAAUAAGAAAAUCACCAGAAGAGUAUUUAUUUACUUUUCCAAGUACAUCUGUUAUUCAUGCACCUAAUGUGAAAAUUGGAAGCAACCCCCUUGGAAGAAUCGAGGGAUCAUCAAUGAUGCCUUCUUCUGAACCUCAAAUUUCUUGGAAUAGAGAUGAAAAUAAGGAAACGUCAUCCACUAUUGCAAGCAUCAAUCUUCGUUUGCAUGAUAUACUUAACCGUAAGUAUUGA